AUGAUGCCGAAUGGUACUCUACCCAUGGGUCGCUGGCUGCUGAUUGUGUUUGUGGCCGCCUGUUGGCAUCAUCCAUGGGUUGCAUCGUAUAAUGUGGCGGAACACCGACUGGACUACAUUAAAUUGGGUGAAGGUCGUGAAUUCAACUAUCACUACAACGAUGGCGCAUCGUCCGGAUAUGACAAGCGCAAAUUUAACAAAUAUCUGCAGGGUAGUUCCAAGCCGCCAUACACGGUGAAAAAUUUCCCUUCGCCCGUCGAGCAGAUUGCCACCAAUGAAUUCCAAACGCAACCACAGCGGACGUACGUGAAGCAAGAAAGCCUUCUUCCAGUUUACGAAUCGCACGAAAAAAGCGUUCGUUACGUACCUGUGGAUUUUUCCCCUCUAAAGCCAACCUAUUCGUUGACUCAGCCAACGGGCUCAGCAUCGUACGGGGGCAAUUUCGCCGAACGAGUUAUCCAGAUGAUUCAUUUGCGCCAUCCGCCAAGGGCAAACCAGACUACCGUGGGAACAGUAGCCGGCAGUAGCAGCGGUUCCGGAAGUAGCGAGAAUGGCAUCACUAGUACGGUGCACUUCCAAACACCAGCUUUUCAGUACCACCAACAUCCUGGAGGCUAUCAGUAUUUCAACGCACAUCCAGUGCCUUCCGCGUAUGAGCUAGUGCGACCCAUCAGCCAUUUUCCACCGCCCCGACCAUACCUUGCUCCGGCGCUGACCACUACCAAAGCACCGUACUUGGCUCCGUUUUUGCUGAAAACGUCCACUACUACUACGACUACAACGACCACUCCUGCACCGGUGGAGGCACCUACCAGGCGACCGACAGCACGACCACCAUACGUGGCACCAGGGGUCACGCACGGUCGGCCAACAACAUCCCCUCGACCGGUGCCCUCGGGUGGAAGCGGUGGAUCGAAUACGCAGCAACCUUACGAGCCGGAAUUUGACAUAGACAUACGGAUCGAUUUGCGAGACGACUCCGCGUAG